GUACGUCGGCGUCGGCUGCUAAGCUGCUAGACGGCGAUGUUAUUCGGCGUCAGAGCACUUUCGCUGCUGUUGCUUAACAAAGCGUUGCUUCGAAAUUAGUGAGAUUGUUUAAGCAUAAUUUUGUGGCUACAUGUGUAUUGAUGUUUCCUAAUUUCCAGGCUGUGAAGCAAUUACAAAUAAGAGUUUAUUUCAGAAUUUCUUGGAAUCUUUCUUUUUUGUCGUAAUGACCCGACCUGUGGAUCACGAGGAGUUUGUGAUAACAGAAGCCGGACUUGCGUGAUAAUUUCGAACAACUUGGUAUAGUAAAAUGAAAUGAGAUUUCCUGAAACAGAUGAGUGUAUGACUGAACUCUCUGCUACGCGUGUCAAGGAAAUGAAUGUAAUCAAUGUUAUGGAUCAAUGAACAGCAAGAUGUGGCUUAGAUUGAGACGAUCUCGUCGUCUGUCAGUGAUCGCUUUCUUGAUCAUCACGAUAGUAGGCGUAUUUCUGAUUUGGUUGAAAAGCAAGGAGAAAGACAUCAAUCAGCGAGAUGACUUCAUCUCAUUACGAUUGCAUGGAGACCAAAAAGAUUACAUCGACCGUCGAGGAAUUCAUGUAGUGGUCGGUCAUUAUAUAGGAGACUCUGUGGAUUCUUUGAAAUCUCCAAACAUUACGAAAGGUAAUAGAUUUGAAGAUAUUAUUAAUCAAAAUUUGUUCAAUCCACGACCGUAUGAAGGUAAAAAUGGAGAACCUGUAGUAAUACAUCCGAAAGAUUUUUACAAGAUGCAGCAGUUAUAUCAGAUUAAUCGAUUUAAUUUAAUGGCUAGUGAUAAGAUACCAUUAAAUCGAUCUUUACCCGACGUUAGAAAAAAAAAAUGCCUCAUAAGGUAUGCAAAUGUAGGUAAUUUACCAAAAACGUCGAUCGUUGUAGUAUUUCAUAAUGAAGCUUGGAGUACGCUAUUACGGACAGUACAUAGUGUCAUCAAUCGAUCUCCGAGAGAAUUGUUAGAAGAGAUUAUUCUUGUUGAUGACAACAGCGAAAGAGAUUUUCUGAAGGGCCCUUUAGACGAUUACGUGAAGAAUUUUAUUGUACCUACAAGAGUUUUGCGAUCUAACGAACGAAUAGGAUUAAUAAAAGCAAGACUUUUGGGGGCGAACAAUGCUAAAGGUGAAGUUCUCACUUUUCUCGAUGCUCACUGCGAAUGUACGGUUGGCUGGCUGGAACCGUUGCUCGAAGCAGUUGGUAAAAACGCAACAAGAAUCAUUUCUCCAGUAAUAGAUAUUAUAAAUGACGAUACCUUCAGUUAUACAAGAUCCUUUGAGCUCCAUUGGGGUGCUUUCAACUGGGAUUUACACUUUCGCUGGCUAACUUUGAACGGCCGUCUGCUAAAGGAGAGACGUGAGAACAUCGUCGAACCGUUUCGCACUCCCGCAAUGGCAGGCGGAUUAUUCUCAAUAAACAAAGAUUAUUUCUUCAAAUUGGGCAGCUAUGACGAUCAGAUGCGAAUUUGGGGCGGCGAAAAUUUGGAAUUGUCAUUUCGCGCUUGGCAGUGCGGAGGUAGUAUCGAGAUUGCCCCUUGCUCUCACGUCGGGCAUCUCUUUCGAAAGUCUUCCCCUUACACUUUUCCGGGUGGCAUGGGUGAUAUUUUAUACAGCAACCUUGCUAGAGUCGCUUCGGUGUGGAUGGAUGAUUGGGCGGAGUUUUACUUUAAAUUCAAUCCCGAGGCAGCCAGAUUGAGAUACAAGCAGCAAGUCCGUUCGAGAUUGGCCUUACGCGAGAAACUGCAGUGUAAAAGUUUCGCGUGGUACUUGGAGAACGUAUGGCCUGAACACUUCUUUCCUACGGAUGAUCGAUUCUUCGGCAGGAUAAUGCACGCUGCAACAGAGAAAUGUAUUAUGAGGCCGACUGCAAAAGGUUCUUACGGGCAACCUUUAGGGAACGCAGUCCUACACUCGUGCAUAGCGCGGCCGGUACUCAGCCAGAUGUUCGUGAUGACCAAAAACGGAGUGAUAAUGACGGAUGAAAGUGUAUGUUUGGACGCACCGGAACGCGAUACGCAACAGAAGACGCCAAAAGUGAAAAUAAUGGCGUGUAGCGGUCGCGAAAGACAGAAAUGGCAAUAUGAUAAACAAACAAAAGUAUUUUUGCACGUGCCUUCUGGGAUGUGCCUUCAAGCAACAACACACGAUAACAACCCUGUAAUUGCGAGUUGUACUGAGAAUCUCGAUCAACAAUGGAUCUUGGAACCAGUUCCUUGGAAGCAAUGAUCACGGCGUCGCUAUCGCGGUAUCUAUCGCGUUAUUAACAAAAAAAAGUACUGUCCUUAAUGAACCGUCAGUCCAUCAGUAAUUAAUAUGCGCAACAGUAAAAACUGUGACAUCAACUUGCAUUCUAUGCAAUAGCUUGCGUUGAUGUCAUCUUAACAAAAAAUUGAUAUUUUUUUACUUUUAUAUUGAAAAAUCCGAAUGCAUAUCUUUUAUAACAAUGUUUGA